CUAAAAUGACGUUUCUGUAGCUGACAUCAAACAUUUCCAGGGGAAACUAGGAAAUUCAUUUGGGGACAACCACGUGAGUCACGUGACCACCCUCCUCCAUGUAUAAACCUUUUCCCCAUUUGCUCUUACCUUCGCACAAACAAACAUGAUUUCACGUUCUACAAAAUUACUCACCCAUCCAAUCCUUCAAAGCCCAUCUUUCUCCACACUCCCAUCUUCCUUCUCCCAAAUCCCAAAAAAGCUCCACCACAAAGACUGGCUAUCCCCAAACGAAGUUCUCCAAGUCUUUACAUCCCUCCAAGACCCCAGCUCAGUCCUCACAGCCCUCGACCACUACUCCAAGCGCAAGGACUACAAGCCCAAUGAAGCCCUCUACACCUUGAUCAUCGACAAGCUCGCCCGAGCCCACCUCUUCGACGCCGUGGACAAUGUCAUGAACAGAAUCAAAUCCGAAAGGAAAUGCCGGUUAUCCGAUGAUUUCUUCCGCAGUGUUAUCAAGAACUACGGCAAUGUGGGUGGUCACAUUAAGAAGGCGAUACAGACCCUUUACGAUAUGCCCAGUUUCGGGUGCUGGCCGAGUGUGAAGACCUUCAAUUUAGUUCUGCAUUUGCUGGUCUCGACCAAGAUGUUUGAUGUUGUUCAUCAGGUUUAUUUGAUGUCGCCGCAAUUGGGUGUCGAGAUUGAUGCUUGUUGUUUGAAUAUAAUCAUCAAAGGACUGUGCGAAAGUGGGAAGCUGGAUAGUGCACUCCAGGUGCUCGACGAAUUUCCCCAGCAGAAAUGUGAGCCGAAUGCGCUGACGUUUUCGACGCUGAUGCAUGGGCUCUGUGUCAAUGGGAGAGUGGAUGAGGCUUUUGGGUUGCUCAAGAGGAUGGAAAAUGAGGGCAUUGAGCCGGAUUCGGUCACGUUUAAUAUAUUGAUAGCAGGGCUUAGGAAACAGAAGAGAUAUGAUGAGGGCAUUGAGCUUUUGGAGCAAAUGAAGCUCAAGGGGUGUGCUCCAAAUCCAGCUUCCUAUCAGGAGGUUUUGUAUUGUUUGCUUGAUGCACAGAGGUUCGCUGAGGCGAAACAGUUUAUGAUUCAGAUGGUUUCAAAGCGUGUUGGUCCGAGUUUCGUGUCGUACAAGCAACUGAUUCAGGGGUUGUGUAAAGAAAAUAAGGUGGAGGAUCUGGAUUGGGUUUUGAGGCAGAUGAUGCGACAAGGUUUUGUGCCAAAGAUGGGUAUGUGGAGGCAGAUUAUCAGAAGUGUGUUUUCAAAGAAGAGCAACCAUUAUUGUGUUUCUUGUGAAGAGACUAUAGAUGAUUUGAUCACUUGAAAUGGAUCAGUCUGUAUUUUAGUCAUAAACUGAAAUCACUUUGUUA